AUGAUUGUAACAAAACUUGAAGAUUUACCCGAUGAAAUAUUGAUUGAAAUUUGUAUUUAUUUAAAUGGAGUUGAUGUCCUUAAUGCUUUCGGACAAUUGAAUAGUCGUUUAGAAAAAACCAUAGGACAAUUUCGAUAUGAUAUUAACCUUCAAUAUUUAACUUUAAAACAAUUUCAACGAUAUUGUUUUCAUUUAUUACCUUAUAAUGCUGAAUAUAUAGUCAAAUUAACAUUAAAUACAUGGUAUUCACCAGGAGAAAUUUCUCUGUUUUAUAAAUCAAUUGCUCAAUACAAUACUCUACAUGAUUUUUUACCUUCACUUCAACAGCUAUGGUUGAUUAACUUUAGUAAUGCAGAUGUAGAGAUACUUCCGAAAAUUCUCUUCGUUGAAAAAUUAAUGAUUGAUAUUGAUACACAAACACCUUUACUUCAUUCAUCCAAAGUAUUACUCGAUCGAUAUUUAUUUUGUACACCAAAUAAAAUCAAAGAAUUAAGAUUAUAUGGUGCUGAAGACGGUAUUGAAUUACAACACGAUGUCGCUAUAAUGCUGUGUCAAUGGCUUGAAAAAUUAAUCAUUAGUGUAGCUACAUUAGAUGAUUUAAUAUUAAUAUUUCGACGUGCACCUAAUCUCAAUAAAUUACACAUUGAAGUAAAUAUACUUUCGGUUAAUUUACCAAAGCAAUAUGCAACUGUUGAGAUGAUGCUAAAACAUAUUAAAGAUUUUCAUUUAUGGAUUAAAGAUAAACGAUUACUUAUAUUCGAUGAUUUAUGUAACAUACUAAUCAAUAUGCCAACUAUCGAACGUCUUUCAUUAGAAAUCGAAACAGAUGAUAUUAAUUUUAGUGAAGGUUAUCGAUGGAAAGAAUUAUUGUCUCAUCUACCAAAAUUAUCUCGACUAGAUUUGGGACUUAAAAUUUGGAUUGGAUGGGAUUUCGUACCGAUCGAUGUUUCACCAUAUUUAGAAACUUUCAUAGAAAAUAAUAUAGAUGUUUGUUGUUAUGCAGAUAGUCGUGUACUUUUCAUUGAUACGAUACCCUAUGAUUUCGAUAGUGUCACAGGUAUUAUGACAUCGCCGCGUGCUAGUACUGCUAAAUCAACAAAUAUGAAGUUAUUUCAACAACGAGCACGAAAAGUAAAUACACUUUGUUUUGAUGGUCGUCACGAAUUGACAUCGGUCAAUGAUUGGUUGUGUGUUAUCAAUCGUUUUCCUGGUUUACAAGUACUCGAUAUUGCUUCCAUUAAUGUGAGGGAUCAAACAGAAUGUGAAUCUGCCGAGAAUUAUAAACAAUUACGAUUAUCUAAUUUAACAGUUUUACGUUAUAUUCGAUCGACAAAAUGUAAAGUAAAUAUUCCGUUGUUUAUGUAUCUUGCUGAUAAUCAUACACUUGCACCUCGACUUCGUAUUCUGACAAUCAUGUAUGGAGAUUUGAUUUAUCUUUGCAAACGUUUAUCCAUAGAUGUUUGUUUUAAACAAAUCACAGAACUUUGUAUAUAUAGUAAUGGUGCUGAUGGACAUAUUCGUAAAGAAGAUACUGAAUUGAUAUUAAAAUUUUUUCCAAAUCUUGAACAUUUUUGGCUUCAUGCUCAAUCGAGUCGAACACUAAACCGAUCUGUGGAAUUCAUUGCAGAAACACUACUGCGUUCAUUACCAAAAUUAAUCAGCUUACGAAUAUCAUGUAGAAAAGAUUCAUUGAGAGUACCAUCAUUUAAUGAUGAUGAUACAUGUCAUUCGUGGAUAAAACGUGUGUGCGGAAUAGAUAAUCCUGAAGAUAUUCAUAUUAUUGUUGGAAAAAAAGAACUAGCCGUAUGGAAAUAG